GCAAUACUCUCUAGAAUCUCAACCAUAACAAUUCUAUAUUUCUUUUAAAUACCCACCAAUUUCUCAUUAGCAACUGGCUCUUGAUUUUGGAAAGCAAAAUGAGUCUAGCUCAUUGUUAUUUUUCUGUCUCUGUUGCUCUGCUGGUCAUCUUCCUCCUGAUCAACCCUGCCUUUAGUGACAAAAAAACCCAAGAAAUGAUCGAUAAAGUCUGUCGCCAAAUGGAAGAAUAUGGCUUUUGCAACCAGACGUUCAACGAGAACCUGAAGACCAAAUCAACAAACUAUGUUGAUCUGACCCAGAUAACAAUAGACCAAGUUACAAGAAAUGCAACAAAUACCUAUGAAUUUGUUUUGCAACUCCUGCAGAACACAAGCAUUGAAGCAUUGAAGAAUGCACUUAGGGUAUGUGAAAGUAGUUACCAGGUAGUGCUUGGGGCUUUCCAGGAUGCCCUGAGGUCAUUUAACCAGCAAGAUUAUGAUAGUAUGAUUAAGUAUGAAAGGGUGACUCCUAAAGCACAAGGCGGUUGUGAUGCUUGUUUUAACACCCCACCAAUCCCUGCAAAUCCUCUGGCUGAUAGGAAUAGGCAAAUAAGGAUUCUCAUUGCCAUGGCUAUUGUCACUGGCCAUGAACUUGUCACUUUAUAGGAUCCAACUAUUAUUUACUUCACUGGCUAUUUGGAGAAUCCAACUGAGAUUCAAAUUCGAGGUUUCUGAAGAUGACUAUAGCAACCAAACUCAAUGGCACUGCAAGUGAAGUUUUAGUUAUGCCUGUCAAUUUUGUAUUGAUGGAGUCGUACAUUUGAUAGAUCAUGGAUCCUUUAUUUUCUCUUCUAUUUCCAUUGAUGAGCAUUUGGAGUCUGCAUUCAUUUUCUCCAAUAGUUCAAUUACUCUAAACGUAGUGGUUAGAAGCAUUUCAGAAUUAUAAUUGAACCCAUUUUACUUUUUGAUUGAACGGAACAAGCAAUGAUGGAAUUUCAUUGCUUUAUAUGUGUAUCGCAGGACAGUAGCUUGUUACUCGACGGUGAUGGGAUCCUAACAAGCCCAUCCCAGCCCAAUAACUUAGGCAUUAUCUACCUCAACCCACCACUAAUUAAGAAUCAGACGCCAUUUACUCAGCCUGAUUAACAUUUGCUUUUCAUUUUUUUUUUCAAUCUUAAUUCAUAAAAUAAAAUUAGAAACACACAAAAUUGCAAUAUUACAAAUUCGAGCCAUCAGUGACCAAGAGGCGGCACCGCAAGCAAAACAAUGGA